AUGAGUCAUCAGCGGCUGCGCACCAACUUGUGCUUUUCUCUCCUCAACCGUCAUCUGCUGGCCCUGCUCAGCCUCUGCAACUCUCCCUCUCUGCCAUCCAUCCCGAAAUACCUGUUUAAAGUCAUGCCCACACCGGAUUUUCCUAAGCUACCUGACGGUUUUCCUGGGCGAUUGGAGUACAAGGAGGACAAAUGGGUGUACUUUUCUUUGGCAUAUCCGUAUGGGAUCCCUGCUUGGGUCAUCACUGAGCUGCCAGGCGAGUGGGUGCACAUCCCUAACCGUCCAGAGUCCUAUCCUCCCAUCAUCCGUCUCAACGACCACCCUCUCAAUCCUCACCGGGGAGAUCCCACUGGCAAUUGCUACCUCUACAUUAUAGACAACAGCAAGCUUGCUGCUGCUGCCACAACUGCGAGGAAGCCAACGGAGUGGAACCUACCGCAUGUUGCAGAGGAGCAUGUGUUGGACAUAGGAUGGUUGCGUCUGCGUGGCCGUGACACAAUGCUGGGCCUUGCUGCCUACCUUAACGUGUCACAACGUGCUGCUUUCUGGUUGCAGGCCUUGGUGCGUGCCUCCAUUGUGGCACAGAAGGACAUGCCUGUCCCACUUGUGCAGCGUUACCUCAACUCUUGCAGCCGUGUGAUGGGGCCACGUGAGAAGUGCUCGCGUCAGGUGCCUGUCAAGGCAGCAAAUGGGGAGUGGAUCAAGGGCACCGAGUUCGAGCGACUUGUGCUGAGCAAGGGCCUGAAGGGUACCAAGGACCGUAAGCGCAUCUAUGCCAUCACGCAGUCCCAGCAGGUGCAGAAUGGUGUUCUGGCACCCAACGUGGAGGCUAAAUCAUUCACUGGAGGGGAUGGUGAGGAUGCUGAGAUCCGUAGAGAGCUUGCAAAGGUGGGCGGUGAGCUGGGUGUACACAUCAUCCGCACUGUCCAGCCUGAGCUUUACCACCGUUUGGAGUUGCAUGCUAAGCUCCUGGGGUACUUCCGCCCUGGGACCAUGAGCAACGUCUGCUUUGGUGGAAGCCAGCUGAAUGUCUCUACGCCUGACUACCUUGAUAAGCUCCAGAAAGGACCCAUGGACUUGUCUGACAGUCUGGGUUUCUUUGGCGGCGUGCAUCAAGACGAGCAUGACUCCAUAGGUGCAAUGUCUGUCAUGACCGUUUUCUCAAAGUUGCACGCGGGCAUCCACCCCGGGCUCUUCCUCUUCCCUGAGUGUUACGCGUUUGUGCGGCUGCCGAACGGGUUCACAGAGGAUGAGUCAGAGAGGUCUAGCCUACUCUCUGUCUUGUUCUCUGGCCUUCAUUGGCACAUGGGAAUGAGCCCGUAUGUCUCUGACAAUAUUGCACAGGACGCUGUGCGUCUAAACCAUGUCAUGUACCCCAUGAGCCGUGUCAUGGAUGGGAACUCCAUGCUUGCGCUUGGUGCAGUUGGGCAGAAGGCCAUCAACAUCCCGCCUGAGAUGUACAAUCCAACGUAUGACCGCGACCACAAGAUCUACAGUAACUACCUCAACUACGCUGUUGAUGGUCUCAACAUUGGAGACAGGCACACUGUUGCGUCUUUCAUGGUGCACCAGCUGUAUAACCUUGUCUUCCAUCUUUGGCGUCAAGCCGAUGUUGGUCCUUCUCUUAACCCAGACGUGUUCUUCAGCGCGUUUUCUGCGGUUGAUGAGGAGGGCCAGUGCAUCACAUUCACUGACACGGACUUGGUCCCUGUCCUUGAACAUCGGCCUGAUGAGCCUGAGUACGUGCAUGAAACCAUCCUUGCACGCGCUCAGGCUUGGAGGGAGUGGAAGGAGCACAAGCUGCGUUAUGCGGCUGUCAUUCCACGAGCCACAUAUGACAAUCGCAUUGUGGACCUCCGCAAAGAGAUGGGGACUGAGAACCCUGCACCUGUUCCCAUUACACGUCCCAGAAGAUCCCAGCAACCCAAGAAAGCUCCUGUGCCGUCCAAGGGCAAGAAGGCGAAGCCUAAGCCCAAGUCCAAGCCAGCCAAGGGCAAGAAGUGUGCUCACGCAGAGGUGGAGGAUGGUAUGGAUUCUGAUGAGAGACCUGCCCAACGAGCACGUUUGGACUUAGAAAAUGGAGAUGACCCUACAGUGUCUGACAGAGAGGAUGGUCAAUCCCUGCUGUAUGUGCCUCUGGAUGCACUUAUGGUCCCUCCAAAGUUGUCUGCACGCACUGCAGAUGAGUCUGAGUCCGAAGAUGAAGAUGACGAGGAUGAGACCCAGGAAGCUCCUGUCUUGUCUCCUGCAGCUCAGUCAUCAGGAAGUGCAAGUGCAAAGUCGUAUGUGGUUGCUCUCUCGCUGUUCACUGCAGCAAAGUUCCAGGCUGCAAACCAGAUGCUGCGCAAUGUUGCCAGUGUUCUGCAGUCUGAGGAUUCAGCUGCCGGAUCUGUUUCACGCCAGCUUCUUGAUGGCCUGCUUGAUGCUAUGGAGAGCAAGGACUCUGCAGCUGCGCGCUCUGUUGGGUUUGCAGUUUUGCUGCAACGUAACUGGUCUGCACAGACAAGGUACGAGCGGGAUGACUCCCUGCAGCACCUCAAGCGCGCGGUUCUUAGGUCUGAAAUAAUGAUGAUGAACUACUAUGCUUGGCUCUGGCUGGACUGUGUUCCUGUCAACUACUGCUCAAGGUUUCUCUCAUCCUCUGCUCCCUCCGCUGCUGCCAAUGACUGGCUUGGCCGUCUUGCCAUUGCGGUGAACGAUGGCUUCAAGUCGUAUGACUUGGUCACUCUCCAGCGCCAGGACUUCCUUCCUGAUCUUCCCCCCCAUUCCAUCACCAUGCCAAGAGCUCGUUUCACCGCUGAUCGGCGUUACACUGCAUCCAUCGACUUCAUUCAGCGCACCCUGCGCACAUGGCUGGACUUCCCAAAGAAUUCCUC